GCCCAUGGCAGCUGUGCAAAGAGAAAGCCGCUGUUAGUCCGCGUCACCUUAGACCACACCGGUCAGUUCGUCCCUCUUGCACCUUCCACCGAAAGCUGCCCGGCUACUGGAGCCGAGGUGGCUCUCCCUGCGACCGCCAAGGAUGUCUACAAGAGCUCCUCCACUUGAAGUGAGUGAACUUACUUGCUCUGGCCUCCGCCAGGCAUCUGGGGUCUCAUUUACUCCCUGAGCCUCACCCUGGAGGAAAAGGUAGAGAGCGUGCACUGCAACAGCCAAGAUCAGAUCGUGGCUCAGGAUGCUGGCAACUGCCCUUCCCCCCCCCAAAGGAAGAGGCCCACUUGCCACCCACAGAGAGGUGAUCCGUAAGAACGGUAACUCGGCCGUUGCGCGGAGUGACAUGUGCCUAGGGGUGCAUCGGAGGCGUCCAGGACUGGAACUCCAGCCCUGCUCCCCCCACCGCCAACCUCACCACCUCGGAGCCCACCCAGCCUGUGCCUCCUUCAAGCGCCAGCCGCGCCUUUCCCUGCUUCGUUUCUCCCCACCAAAGCGGUACUGGAAUGUUAAGCCUGGAGGGCUGACCCCCACUUGGUGGCAAGCCAAGCGCAGUGACGUGCCUGCAGAGAGAGUUACCCAGAUCCGCAAAGCCCGGAGAAGAGGUGGCCUUGCCUGCAAUCCCCCGCCCCAGAACGGUCGCCCUCCGGGGCCCUGGAGCCCUGGGCUGGCGGCGAGGGUGGCCCGGCCGCCGCCGCCUCCCCCGCACGAGCGAGGCCCGCAGCCGGUUUCUCCCCGCUGCGGCGCGCCGGCCUCGGGCCCGCGACCUCGCGUCCCGGGGCUUCUCUGCCUCCCCCUGGCGGGCAGCGGCAGCCGGCGGAGCUCGGCCGGGAGGGGGCGCCCGACCCCCGGCCCGAAGGCGGGAGCGCGCGGUGCGCAGGCCGGGGUCGGCGCCAGCGCGCGCCCGCUCGGACCGCUCACUAACUGAGCACCUAGUGCGCGCCCGCGCGGGGCCGGGAGCCGGCCGGGCCAGGCGGCGGGGAGUAAGCCUGCCUUCAGGGAGCUUCCAUGGGAGGCGGGGAGCGGGGAGACAGCUGCUGUGAAGAAGCACGAGCGGCCGGACACGGACAAGUUAGGGAGAGCCUCCCCGAGGAUGCAAUGACUGCGCGCCAGGAGCUAGAAAGCACUUGAGGGAGAAUGCCACUACAUCAAGGGGCCAGAGCAUUCCAAAGACAAAAACCCGGCCCCUGGCGUCUUCUGGAAGGGGAAGAAGCCGCGGAGCGGGAGGACGGGAACCCGGGAGGGUAGGCCAGGGAAGCAAGGAGAGGCUGGCUAGGCAGAUGAUGGAAGAGCCGGGCAAAGCGUCUGGUUUUCAUUCUAAGAUCAACUGGAAGCUGGAAGGCAGAGAGAGGACGAACCGAUCCCCCCCGCUGCCGAGGGAGGGUGCCAGAGGAAGCAGGGCCCUCGGUUGGGAGGCCACGGCAGCGGUGCGGGCAGGAUGAGGGUGCUUUGGGCCAGGUCACAGAGCGGGGCUGGACGUCGGCUCCCAUCGCUCCCCCACCUUCCGCCGGGCGCCCUGGUGUCGUGACCGACCGACCACCGCCGAGCAGAGGCCGGCGAGCCCGGGCGGCACGACAAAGGCUCCGCCAACACCCCGCACCGGCGGGGAGGAAGCCGGGGCAGGCAGAGCGCAGGCGGACGUGGAGCCCGGGGCGGGGGGUGCGGAGUAGCCUCCAGACCCCUCUCCACUAAUCUCAGGGCGCGGAGCCGCCGUCCGCGGCCCACGCCUAGUUGGAGAGCCUACUUGGAGAGCCUCUCGGAGGAAGAGCGGGGAACCGCUCCGAACCGGAAUGAUCUGGUUUAGAGCGGCUGCCUUCCCCUCCUCCCUCCCUCUCCCCCCGCCGCCCGCCCUCCCCUUCAGCGACUGGCUGGUUUUUGCCGCAGUCCCUGACCAAGGUAAACAGAAGAGGGAAGUGGGAAGAAUGCUUCGUUUCCAUGGCAACCCAGAGGGCAGUCGGUGCGGCUCUCUUGGAUGUGCUUCAGGGGAAGAAAAGGCUCACUGGAAAAGCAACAGGGAGACCGGCCCCUUCCACAGACGCACGAGUGAGCUGGAGGUGCCCACCCUCCCCCCUCCAGGGGACAGGUGCUUUCCAUUUGUCACCAUGUCACUCCAGCUGCUGACCACAACUCCUGCACGCUGAGGGCAUCAGAAACCUCUUCUGGUUUCCAGGCUUCAUAAGAGAUUCGUCAGAAACUGGCUCCACCUCAGGCAUGGGCCUUCCUGGCUUGGGGCGGGGGCGGG